GGCUGUUGGCAUGAAGGAUGAGAAAGUACAAGAGAGGUGGAUUCAGCACUACAGCAGCAGGCACCAGAUCCUGCUAGUGGGCGAGGGAAAUUUCUCAUUCUCAGCUUCCUUAGCCACUGUAUUCGGCUCUGCUCACAACAUGGUCGCUACCUCAUUGGACUCUCGAGAGCUGCUCGAGGAGAAGCACCCAAGUGCGAGGGCUAAUCUGCAGCUUCUGGAGCAGUUGGGGUGCACCAUUUUGCACCAAGUGGAUGCCACGGCGAUGAUGAGAGAUCCCCGCCUUGAUUCCAAGCUGUUCGAUAGAAUAGUUUUCAACUUCCCUCAUGCAGGGUUCAUUUUCAGUGAAAGCGAUCCUUUCCAAAUUGAGCUGCACAGCAAUGUAGUGAAGGGAUUUCUUAUAAAUGCUUACGAAAUGUUGAGAGAGAGUGGCCAAGUACACAUAACCCACAAGACGGCUCACCCAUUCAGUAAAUGGAACAUAGAAGAUUUGGCAGAGGAUGUGGGACUGGAUUUGGCCGAGAAAGUGGUGUUCAGUUUAUAUCAAUAUCCGGGCUAUAUAAACAAGAGAGGCCAUGGCAGUAGAAGCGACGAGACUUUCCCAGUUGGAGAAUGCUCUACUUUCAAGGAUUCAACUACAUUUUCUUCAUUGGCGUAUGGACAGGCCAAUGGGCAAGCGGAAGUCAACAACCGUACCAUAUUACAUGGCCUAAAAACUUGUCUUGAAGGAGCCAAGGGAACAUGGGCGGAUGAACUACUGUACAUUUUGUGGGCUUACAAAACAACUAGUCGAGUUGCUACCGAUGAAACUCCAUUCAAUCUGGUGUAUGGAAUGGAGGCCUUGAUUCCCAUUGAAAUUUUAGCUAACUCUCCUAAGCUGAUGGCGUAUAAGGAAGAUAAUGGUGGGGGGAAUUUUGAGGCAUUGCGUGAGAACUUGGAUUUGAUCGAGGAGCAACGGGACUACGUUGCCAUGAGGAUGAUUGCUUAUCAUAGAAGAAUCGUUGGUUAUUAUAACUCUCGGGUAAGGAAUAAAACCAUGGAAGAAGGCGAUCUAGUAUUUAGAAGGUCCACCGUAACCAAUGCGCUCAAGGAUGAUGGGAAGUUACGAGCCAAUUGGGAGGAACCAUACUGCAUACAGAAAUUAGUUGGUCCCAACACAUGCAUUUUACUAACCCUUUCAGGGGAAACCCUCGGGAAGACGUGA